AUGCCUUCGCCUGUGUCAACAUACUACAUCGAUAACAACAUGGACGAAUACGAUUUCAUGAGUAUGGACAUGCACAAAUAUGUCAGCUCGUCACACAGUGGGAAAGGGCGGAGCAAGAGAGAGGCACAAACCUACACCAACAAGCACGAUAACAGUGGCCACUGCCGGAAAACGGUGCAGAAACUCGUCAACAACGCUCACAAGAGAUCUGGGCGCUCCUGA